UUAGUGGGUUUGAAACGGUGAAAGAUUCCGCAAAAGAAAAGUCACCGGCAGAGACAAAGGAGCGGUGCAGAAAAAGUCGUCUGUCAUUAGUGCACACGGCAAAGGUGUGCGUGCACACACCAACACACGCAAGAGGGGGCCGACGAACGACAGGACAAAACGUCAAACGCGCGAGAAGAACCCGAAGAGAAGGAGAACCGUCUUCGCCGCCGCAGCGCCUGGCAGAAAUUCACAAAUCCAAAAUGGACGAACUCUUGGUGGAAGUAUGCGGCGAAAACGGAGCCAACUACAAGGGAGUUGUCACUGACGUCUACGAGGACGGAGUUCGGGUCUCGUUCGAGAAUGACUGGCAGGAGGAGUCCAAGUUUCUGUUCAGCCAGGUGCGGCUUCCGCCGGCGGACGUCGUGACCACGUUCAGCGAGAUGAUGGAGGUCGAGGUGUUUUCCCGGUCGAACGAGAACGAAGCGUGCGGCUGGUGGCGGGCCGUCAUCAAGAUGAUGAAGGGCGACUUCUUCGUGGUCGAGUACCUCGGCUGGGACAACAGCUACACGGAGAUCGUGUCCGCGGACCGGCUGCGCGUGAAAAACACCAACCCGCCGAUCAACGAGAAGACCUUCUUCCGGUUCGAGAUCGAGGUCCCGGAGGACAUUCGGGAAUACUCCCUGCUGAACAGUGCCAAAAUCGACGGCGUCCACCGGGAGUUCCAGAAGGCGAUCGGGGCGGCCGAGUGCCGGUACGUGCCGGAGCGGGGCACGCUGCUGGUGAUAUCGCGGAGCGAGUCGACCCAGCGGCGCGCCAACAUGAUCCAGGAGAUGUGCUUUCGCAACCUGAGCCAAAAGGUGAUGCUACUGAAACGAACUGAAGAAGCUGCCAGACAACUAGAAUCGACAAAGCUACACAAUUCGGGAGGAAAUUUUACUAACAAUCAGAGAAUUUCCGCUUUUAUUGGACAAUCACUGAAUGAGAGGUUCACGGACGAGUUCAAGGUACGAGAGGAUCUGAUGGGGCUGGCGAUCGGCGCGCACGGCGCCAACAUCCAGACGGCCCGCAAGCUGGACGGCGUGCUGAACAUCGAGCUCGAGGAGAACACCUGCACGUUCAAGAUCUCCGGCGAGACUGACGACGCGGUCAAGAAGGCCCGGGCGAUGCUCGAGUACAGCGAGGAGUCGCUGCAGGUGCCGCGGAACCUGGUCGGCAAGGUGAUCGGCAAGAACGGCCGGAUCAUCCAGGAGAUUGUCGACAAGAGUGGCGUCGUUCGUGUAAAGAUCGAAGGGGACAACGAGCCGGAACCGAGCAUCCCACGGGAGGAGGGCCAGGUCCCGUUCGUGUUUGUCGGCACCGUCGAGAGCAUCGCGAACGCCAAAGUGCUGCUCGAGUAUCAUCUAGUGCAUUUAAAGGAAGUGGAACAGCUGCGGCAGGAAAAGCUCGAGAUUGACCAGCAGCUGCGGGCCAUCCAGGGUGCGACGAUGGGCUCGAUGCAGAACUUUUCGAUGAAUCGGCGGGGCGAUCACCACCGGGACCGGGCGUACAGCAGCGACGUGGAGGGGGGCGGUGGCGGCGGGUCGCGGUCCGGCCGGGGUGGUAUGCGCGGAGGACGCGGAGGCCGCGGUGGACGGGGCAGCAAUCCGCGGUACACGGGUCGCCGGGAAAACAACAUCGGCGAGGAAGAGUACACCCCUCGCGGAGGUGGCGGCGGCGGCGACCGGUCCGACCGCGGUGACCACUCAUCAUCACACCAAGCAUCGCGAGGAGACAACCAGCGCAGCAGCAACAACUACUCCUCCGAGGGUGGUGGUGGCGGCGGCGGCGGAAGUGGCCGCGGAGGAAACCGACGAGGCUACAGCGAAAAGCGAGGCACGAGCAGCAGCAACAAGCGCGGUGGCGAUCGGAACAAGUCGCAGGGUGGCCCGGCGGCAGCGGCGGCCGGAUCCAGUCAAGGUGGUCCGGGUCAGGUGUUUGAAGAUCAGUGGGCGAAUAGUGUUGAGGAUCCGCCGCAGCAGCCGUCGCAACAGCCGGCGAGGGAGAACAACCGCGAGUUGAACAGCGUUGAUCGGGACAGCCACUCAUCGAACGAAGGCAUCCACAACCGAAGCCGGCGAAGAUCCAAGAACCCCGGCGGCGGCGGCCACUCGAACAACAAAAGUACAGCCAACGGCAACGUCCAAACGCUAAACAACAAGCCGGCGGCCACCAACAGCAGCUCACAGCCGCAAUCCGGAACGGCAGACGGCGGCCAUGACAGCAGCGCGCCCCCCGUUGUCAACAACGGCACCGGCAAGUCGGCGCCGUUGGCGCAGAACAAUCACAGCGCGGCCGGCAGCAACAGCUCGGGGCCACCCAAGGGCCAGCGGGACCAGAACCGGAACCGGGGAGGUCGUGGAGGUGGUGGUGGUGGCGGAGCCGGUGGCAAGCACAAGAACCAGGCCGCCGCUGGCGGCGCCCUGAACAGCAGCAACAGUGUUGUUGCGGCGCCCGGUGAGCAGCAGCAGGGCAAGGAAACGCUCGUCAAUGGUUCCUCUUAGAAUCUGCUGGAGGGCGGCCGCCGCCGCCGGGAGCACCGUCCCAGGGCGACGGCGGCGGGAGCAUGAACUAAUGAUACUUGAAACUACUACUUGGAAGAUUUUGAAGGAGGAGGAGGAAACAAAUACACACACACAAUACUACUACUUGUAGAGAUACUUGAAAACAAUGGUAUAACUAAACAUGAGAAAACAAGCAAAAUACAAAAAAAGAAAAACCCACAUUUAACGAGAAGUAAACUUACUGCAAAGAAAGAGAGAGA